AUGAGGCAGGCUGAGGAUCGAUUUUAUAGGUCCAAAGAAACAUGCAGCGGGAAGUUCGAUAAAGUAUUGCGUUGUGUUAACAAACUUGCAGCUAAUAUCAUUAGGCCAGUAGACCCUGAAUUUAGGACAGUGCAUUCGAGAUUGCAAUCUGCCCGGUUUUCUCCAUACUUCGACAACUGCAUAGGAGCACUAGAUGGGACACAUAUACGUGUUGAGGUGCCAACUAAUCAGGUCGUACAACAUACGGGAAGAAAGGGCUACACCACUCAGAACGUGUUGGCCAUAUGUGACUUCAAUAUGAGGUUUACAUUUGUCGUUGCGGGAUGGCCUGACUCGGUUCAUGGUAUGAGGGUUUUCAAGGAUGCAAUUGACAAGUACGGUGACAAGUUCCCGCAUCCACCGCCAGGGAAGUUUUAUCUCGUGGACUCGGGGUACCCAAACCGCCCGGGUUAUCUUGCACCGUACAGGGGUACAAAGUAUCAUCUUCCGGAGUAUCAACAGGGGCCAAUGCCAAGAGGAAAAAAAGAGGUAUUCAAUUACGCACAUUCUUCACUUCGUAAUAUCAUCGAGCGGUCUUUCGCAGUGUUAAAGAACAAGUGGAGGAUUUUAAAAUAUGUACCAAGUUAUCCGAUGUACAAGCAAAGCAAGAUUAUUAUCGCAUGUAUGGCGCUUCAUAAUUUUAUUAGAGACAGUGCUAUGCCAGAUGCCGACUUUGAUAUGUGUGAUGAAGAUGAGAACUACGUUCCACUUGUCGAAGAAGGUGCACAUACUUAUCAAGGAAAUGGAACUAGUACUCGUUAUGGGGACGAAGAUCAAGAUAUGAAUCACUUUCGGGAUUGGAUAGCCGAUGGUUUAUUUGCUAGAUCGUAG